AUGGCUUCCAAGUCCAGCCUAAACGACGGCAGAGCUUUCGAUUUCGCGAGCUGGCCACCUAAAUUAUCGCCAGAACAGCUCAACGAACUGGUCAGCACGGCCUCAGCGUACUCGCUAGCUCAUGGGCUUUUGUAUCUUCCACCGGGGUACCCACUGGACUCUCCGCCACCUCAGGCAGCGAUUCAUGCACCGCUGUCGCUAGUACCUUCGCCUUUCCCGAGGGACCUCUUCGAGAGUGCUAAACGACUACAAACGAUCUACAAUGUCCUCUACUCUCGGAUCGCAAUGAAUAUUCCCUUCCUAGACGAGGUAAUGGGUGCUGAGCAGGGCGUUGGAAGGGUAGACGACUUUAUCGGAGAGCUAUGGCGAGGCUGGAAGAGACUUCGAGAUGAGGGGAAGCUACCCCAGCCGCUUCAUUUAGGCCUUUUCCGCUCUGACUACCUCUUACAUAUCCCAGGAGACCAGAAGCCAUCAUUAAAACAGGUCGAAUUCAAUACGAUCUCGAUAUCGUUCGGUUGCCUCGCUCAGCGAGUAGCCGAGUUGCACCGGUACCAGCUCGCGGCCACGUCUUAUUUCGAUUCUUCACCCUACCUGCAGAGAGACAACUUUCCUCCAAACGAGAGCAUUUCCGGGCUAGCCGAAGGCCUCGCAACUGCCCAUAAGGCCUAUGUAUCCCAGGGCGGAAAUCCACGAUCCAAGAUUCUCUUCGUCAUCCAGCCAGGAGAACGGAACGUCUUCGACCAGAAAUGGCUUGAAUUCGAGCUACUAGAAAAACACUCGAUACACGUUCUCCGACAAACCUUCGACGACUUGAUCACCUCCGCAAAGGUCGAGAACGAAACACUCACCGUCUCAUCCACCACCGAAAUCUCCGUCGUCUACUACCGCUCCGGGUACAUGCCCCACGAAUACCCAACGCCAGCUCACUACACCGUCCGCCUCAUCCUCGAAAGCUCCAAAGCAAUCAAUUGCCCUACGAUCGCUCUCCAACUCGCGGGAGGAAAGAAAGUUCAAGAGGUGCUUACCAGACCAGGCGUCGUCGAGAAGUUCCUCCCCGAGUUUUCAGCCGAGCAGAUUGCCGAGCUUCGAGGAAGCUUUAUGGAUAUGUGGGGGCUCGACGAGGACUCACAGGAUGCAGUAGGCUCGACGGAGACGGGAGGUCAAGGAAAAUCGGAACCCCUUGGUACGACCAAGGCGAGGAAGGAAUUCGCGUCGCUGGUGUUAAAACCACAACGUGAAGGAGGGGGAAAUAAUGUCUACAAGGACGAUAUACCCGCGUUCCUCGAUAAACUUCCUCCUGAAGAACGGGAGGCAUGGAUCGCAAUGAGGCUCAUAGAGGUCCCACAGGGUGUUAGAGGGUGGCUACUCCGAGCUGGGAGUGUCGGCUAUUCGAGCGAUACCUUGUCUGCGCACAACGCUGUAGAGGCAGAGGUCGUUAGUGAGCUUGGAAUCUUUGGGUGGGCACUGUUCGGAAAGGAUGGCGAGAAGGAGAAGAUUGAGGAGAAGGAAGUUGGAUGGCUCGUCCGGACCAAGGGCAAGGACAGCAACGAGGGUGGUGUUGCUACCGGGUUUAGCGUACUGGAUUCCUUAGUUCUGGUCUGA